GGGAGAACACCGGGUCCCCGCACGCUUAAUCAUGACCUCCGGGCCCUCUCCGGGCCGCGUAAGCGCGUUUCCGAGGCUGGGCGGCCGCCGCUGCCCUGGCCGUAUAACAUGACCCGAGCGGCCGGCCGGCCAGCGCGGUGCGGCCAUUGAGCCCUCCCUGCCCAUGAAUCUCUGGCGUGUCUCUAGCUCGCUCGCCCGCCGCCUCCCGCCUCCCUUUCUCCCCCUCCAGCUCCGCGGGCUCCGCGCGCCUCUCCCUCUCCCUCCUGGUCCUCCUGCUGCCCGUCUCUCUCCACUGCCCGCCUCUCGCCACUGCCUCCCGUCUCCUCUCCCUCACGGCAGGCUCGUUCUCUUUCUCCCUCUUGCCUUUGAAAACUGAUCUUUGGCUCUUAGUGUGAAAGUGAUUUGAAUUUGGCUCGGCGGCGCUCUGCGCCUGCGCCCAGCCUCUGGCAUGCUGGCUCCUUCCAAGCAGCUGUUUUGGGUUUGAAAUUCCAACAUGGCAGAGGCUGCAGUCCGUCUUCCCUUCAAAAACUUGGAAUGAUUUCAAAUCAUAGGCACCUUCACUUAACCCUAGCUUCCAUUCAUCAGCAAACACAGCGGAUCGAUGCUACGCUAACCUAUUGGGCUUUCGCUCCGCACGUUCAGGUUAAAUGAAUACCUGACGAAAGGGCCCACGUUUCAAGGCAGUGACAUUUGAUAGCUGAGAGGAAAAGUGGCUUUAAUGAAAAGCAACCUUUGGAAUUCCUGCUUGUGAGAAAUCCAAUUCAGCUUUUUGUGCUGCCAGCAAGAAAUGAUCAGUAGCACCAGUGUUUAUGGUGAUUUUCAAGUCAUCUGGAACUUAAGGCUUGAAGAUGCAGUGGACGCCAGAGCAUGCCCAAUGGCCAGAGCAGCACUUUGACAUCACCUCAACGACUCGGUCUCCUGCCCAUAAAGUUGAAGCAUAUAGAGGUCAUUUGCAGCGUACCUAUCAGUAUGCCUGGGCAAAUGAUGAUAUAUCUGCUUUGACUGCAUCCAAUCUGCUCAAGAAAUAUGCCGAAAAAUAUUCUGGCAUUUUGGAAGGCCCUGUGGACCGACCGGUACUCAGCAACUAUUCAGAUGCCCCAUCGGGACUUGUGAAUGGUCGGAAAAAUGAAAGUGAACCCUGGCAGCCUUCCUUGAAUUCAGAAGCUGUGUAUCCCAUGAACUGUGUUCCAGAUGUCAUCACUGCCAGCAAGGCUGGAGUCAGUUCAGCCCUCCCUCCAGCAGAUGUCUCUGCUAGUAUAGGGAGCUCUCCUGGGGUGGCGAGCAACCUGACAGAACCUAGUUAUUCAAGCAGUACCUGUGGAAGCCACACUGUACCUAGUCUUCAUGCAGGCCUCCCAUCUCAGGAAUACACCCCAGGAUACAACGGAUCAUAUUUGCAUUCAACUUACAGUAGCCAGCCAGCACCUGCACUUCCUUCACCUCACCCAUCUCCUUUGCAUAGCUCUGGGCUCCUACAACCACCACCACCACCUCCUCCACCACCAGCCCUGGUCCCAGGCUACAAUGGGACAUCUAACCUCUCUAGUUAUAGCUACCCUUCUGCAAGCUACCCUCCUCAGACUGCUGUGGGAUCUGGGUACAGCCCUGGAGGUGCACCCCCUCCUCCUUCAGCAUACCUGCCUUCAGGAAUUCCUGCUCCUACCCCCCUGCCACCCACCACCGUUCCUGGCUACACCUACCAGGGUCAUGGUUUGACACCUAUUGCACCCUCAGCUCUGACAAACAGUUCGGCAAGUUCUCUUAAAAGGAAAGCUUUCUAUAUGGCAGGGCAAGGAGAUAUGGACUCCAGCUAUGGAAAUUACAGCUAUGGCCAACAGAGAUCUUCACAGAGUCCCAUGUAUAGAAUGCCAGACAAUAGCAUUUCAAACUCAAAUCGGGGAAAUGGCUUUGACAGAAGUGCUGAAACAUCAUCCUUAGCAUUUAAGCCAACGAAGCAGCUAAUGUCCUCUGAACAGCAAAGGAAAUUCAGCAGCCAGUCCAGUAGGGCUCUGACCCCUCCUACCUACAGUACUGCAAAAAAUUCACUGGGAUCAAGAUCCAGUGAGUCCUUUGGGAAGUACACAUCACCAGUAAUGAGUGAACAUGGGGACGAACACAGGCAGCUCCUCUCUCACACAAUGCAAGGUCCUGGACUCCGUGCAGCUACCUCAUCCAACCACUCUGUGGACGAGCAACUGAAGAAUACUGACACACACCUCAUCGACCUGGUAACCAAUGAGAUUAUCACCCAAGGACCUCCAGUGGACUGGAAUGACAUUGCAGGCCUCGACCUGGUAAAGGCCGUCAUUAAAGAGGAGGUUUUAUGGCCUGUGUUGAGGUCAGAUGCAUUCAGUGGACUGACGGCCUUACCUCGGAGCAUCCUUUUAUUUGGGCCUCGGGGAACAGGCAAAACAUUAUUGGGCAGGUGCAUAGCUAGUCAGCUGGGGGCCACUUUUUUCAAAAUCGCCAGUUCUGGACUAGUUGCUAAGUGGUUAGGGGAAGCAGAGAAAAUUAUCCAUGCUUCUUUUCUUGUGGCCAGGUGUCGCCAGCCCUCGGUGAUUUUUGUCAGUGACAUUGACAUGCUUCUCUCCUCUCAAGUGAGUGAGGAGCACAGUCCAGUCAGUCGGAUGAGAACCGAAUUUCUGAUGCAGCUGGACACUGUACUAACUUCGGCUGAGGACCAAAUCGUAGUAAUUUGUGCCACCAGUAAACCUGAAGAAAUAGAUGAAUCUCUUCGGAGGUACUUCAUGAAACGACUUUUAAUCCCACUUCCUGACAGCACAGCGAGGCACCAGAUAAUAGUACAACUGCUCUCACAGCACAAUUACUGUCUCAGUGACAAGGAGUUUGCACUGCUCGUCCAGCGCACAGAAGGCUUUUCUGGACUAGAUGUGGCUCAUUUGUGUCAGGAAGCAGCAGUGGGCCCCCUCCAUGCCAUGCCAGCCACAGACCUUUCAGCCAUUAUGCCCAGCCAGUUGAGACCCAUUACAUACCAAGACUUUGAAAACGCUUUCUGCAAGAUUCAGCCUAGCAUAUCUCAGAAAGAGCUUGAUAUGUAUGUUGAAUGGAACAAAAUGUUUGGUUGCAGUCAGUGAUAACUUCUUUAAAAAAAAUGUAAUGAAUGUUGGCACACACACAUCAAACCUGCUACAUAGGGUAUAGAGCCCCUUUCCAGUAGUGUUUAAAUCACAAAGGGUACUGGGGAAGACAACAAUUAAGUUGCAUCUUUAGAGUCAGGGUAGAUUUGGAGGGAAAAUGCAUCAAGUGAGAGCUUUUGAUUUAAAAGCCCCAGAUGACAGAAAGCAUCCGCGGAUGCUCAGUUCGGGUCAAGCUUAGACAACACUCACCAAGGAGCAAGGUGCAAGGGUGUUGAUUUCAGAAGGACAUGAACCUCGUGUGUUGAUUCCAUUCUGCUGUUCUCGAGAUUUAGUUGCUGUCAAGUGCCUGGAGUGGUGCUUUAUUUUUUGUUUGCCUCACAAUUACAUUGGUGGCAUGUGCUAAUAUAAAGAGCUUUAACUUCAAACAUUAUUGGACUAAAGAGAUGAGCGGUUGUGUUGUGACAGAAAACCAGAUUUUUGCCAUUUUAAGAGCAACAGUAUUCCUCAAUCCUGUCUGUUCUGCAGUAUUAAACUAAGAACAGGUAAAACAGGGUAACGGUAAUCUGGACCUUAAUUUCUGCAGUUCGUUUCUUUUAGUGUUCUUGUAUGCAAAAACUCAGGAAAGCGAUUGUGAUUUGUACAGUACCUCAAAGGAAUGUGUUGAAAGCACUAUGUACUGCUGAGAGUAAUGGGAUAGACUUCAAUGUUACUUUAUAUUAAAAUGUAUGUUUACCUCAACGAUUGGAAAAUAGCAAGGAAAAAUUCUUUGAAUGUAUCCAGAAAAUUACUGAUGUGUGAUACAACUGAAUAUAUACAAUUUAAAAUAGAAAUGGAAAGAUUUUUUUUUUAAUGUUCUUUUACUGAUCAUGGGGAAUUAACCAGAGCAGAGUAAUUGUUUAUGUCAAUAUCUGUAAGAGUUCUUACCAGUACAUUGCUCCUUGAUAUUAAGUGAAAAUAUUCUGAAAAGGUACACUGGUUAAUGGAAAGCUACUUACUCAGUUUGUGUUAGUAUCUAGAACAGUCAGCCAUAAGACCUGCUUCAGACCCUGAAAAUCACAGUACCUGAAAUUUCAGACUGCCUUUCACUACAUAGAUGAUGGUGGUAGUUUGCUACUUCUCUCUUAAACUGCUGGGAAUGGUAUCACUCUAUUCACUAAGCUAGCUUCUAGGCUUGCUGUGCUAUUUGGUAGAAUGCAGACGACAGCAGCCUAAACAAAACAAACAAGUAAAUGAAUAAAUAAAUACAAAAACAGCCAGCCAUCACACACACACACACACACACACACACACAUCACUUCAUCUUUCAUUCUGACUCUUGUCAGUGCAGGUUUGCUUUUCAUUUGGGGAUCUUCUGGGCUAUAGUGCUCCCACAUUGAUUUCUACCUCAGUUUAUUACAUUUCUCUUGGAGAAAAAAAAAUUUGAAAAUUGGAAAUGGACACAUACACACACAGCGUAUAACUUCUCAAAAAUGCUAAGUAUUCCUCCACCUUUCUCCCAUGAAUACAGGUUCCAAACAUCAUUAUUCAUAGUUACUUCCAUCUCAGACCACUCCCCACCCAAUAGCACACACGUGUAUUUUCCCCCAUGUGCAUCCUCUCCUGCUCCCCCACCAAGUUGUUCUUUGUAUCCUUUAAUGCUUUGUGUGCAACUUUUCACUGAUAACUGACUGAUGUUUGCAAUAUCUCUAGACAGACAUAGAGUAGGCUAUAGACUUCCAACACCUCUGCCUGUGCAUAAGCAGAACAGCCUGGCUUUUUGAAUGUAUUUUUCUUGUUUUUUUAUUAUUAUUAUUCCUUCCCUUUUUAGCUGAUGCAGUAACAAAACUGUGGCAAAGCACUGGCAUUUCAUGUAUUCAAAAACUGAUGUACAUUUUUAAAUGUCAAAUAAAUACAAUGAGAAGUCCCAAGAAAGGUCUUUCUGUUUUUGUUUUUAGUCUCAAAAUUUUUUACUGAUCUCAUGAAAUUAAGUCAGAUUUUCUAAAAAUGAUUUACAUAGAGAAAGAUAUGAAGGACUUCGUGAUAUUCCUGAAAUUUUAUCAUGCUUAAUCAUUACUCCCCCUUACCCCCCUCUGUUUUUCAUGUUGUUGCAAAUUAAGCAGAUGAACCAGAAUUUAAUUUACUACGAUAGUCUCUCAAUUAAAACUGUGCUUAAAUAUAAAUGGUCAAUAUUAAAAAGCAGUGCCUUUCAUUAAGGAUACAAAAAAUAAUAUUGAAGUAUCCCCUGUGCUUUUCACACAUGAGUAAACAACACAAUCAUGUUCUGGCUCUAUCCUGCACACCCAUCCCUUCUUGUAAGGAAAUUCUAAUAUUCCCAUUAACUUGUAGGUUCAUAUUGAUCUCACCGACAAGUUUACUUUUGCACAGUGCUGACCUAUUUUCAGUCUUUUUGACACUACAUUUCAUUUCCACCAACAUGCUAUAUUCACUUCAAAGUAACUGGCAAGUUUUAACAAAUCCAGUCUUACUUAGACAACUUUGGAAAAUCCAGUAUUGACCCACAUUUAGUUGGUUUGGCUUAUAAAAAUGAUUGCGAAAUAUAUAACUGCACUACAUUCAUUUAUAAAAACUAAAAUAGUGAAAAUUAAAGAAAGUAACAUCAUAGAGGCUUUUAGCUUUAAGUGACCUGAAAUUACUUUAAGACAUGAGUGGUCAAGAAUCAAUGUAUUUAGGCAAAGGCAGAAGUUGUGUGUGAAUUCCGCUUAGCCUCACAACUUCUGAGAUUUAAUCUCUUAGAAACUAGGGCCUGCUGAAGAAAUGAACAUCUAGUGAGAGAGAUAGGCUGGGCUUUGAGUAGACAGUGCUUUCCUGUGAUUCUUUUGACUCUGCAUGGCAGCAUUAUGAGCUCUUGUAGGGGUCAGCCUAGUAAUGAUCUCUGACCAUCCUUGAAGCUUGCAGUGGGAAGUGGGGGACCACUUCUUGGAAAUGAAUGUGUGCACUCAGUGACAGUACUGCUGUCACAAUAAGCUGGGCUUUAUACUCUUGGCUUUUGUUUUGUUUUGUUUGUUUUGACUGCUAAGAAUUUGGAGGUUAUCAAUGAAGGUUAGGUAGUGAGUCUGUUGGAAAUCCUUAACUGUGUGGCCAGAGGAAUGAUUCAGUCCACUUAACAAACCCCUAGUUCUUGUCGCCAAAACAUCAGUAACAUUUUCAACAGGGACAAAAACACAGUGAAGGAAACUUCUUGGGUAGAAUGAUCAGUAGAAAUCUAAGAAGUAGUUUGUAAUGACCUUAUGCGUGACACAAAUGGAAAUACUCUACACUUCUGGUAUGCUUUUCACCAAAAUAUUUAGAACAUUAGUGACAAUAUGGAAAACUUUGCUGACUGAGCUGAUCAAUGGAAUGUGAAGGCAGUAUACUUUAAGGCUAUUUACUUUCACACAGAAUGUUUAUCUAUUAGUCAGUUUGUAUUCUACUCAAAUGCAGAUAGACGGGUAUAAUGUUUUCUUGUGCAUUUGAAACCUAUCAAGGAGAAAAUAAACCAUUCCACUAAAAUACAUAGGCCAAACACCAUCUGGGCAAGUGAUAAAAGCUAUCCAGAGGCUAUGCUAUGCAAAAUAGCAAGGUCAAUUUACAUGGGUUGCAUAGUACUUGGCUAUGCAGUUUUCAAAAGAAUACAUCCAAAUAAAGAAAUAAAGAAAAAGUUCAAAUUAAUUCCUACAAUAGCUCUUUGUAAAUUUAAAUAUAUUUGUGAGUUGAAAACUAUGUUCUUGAGGCAUUUUAAAAUCUGAGUGUCCAACUACAGACAGAAAGAUACUUAUAUAAUCCCAUUCUCAUAUUUGUAGCAAGAAUUGGGUAUCAUAAUCAUCAAAACAGUAUUUUUCAAAGUGAAAGGGACACAGUUUGUUGAACUAUUGAGACCACUAAAGUAAAGUUUUAAUAUAUAUAAAUAUAUAUAUGAUGUGUGUAUAUGUGUGUGUGUGUGUGUGUGUGUGUUUGCGUGGUUUUUACCACCACUUUCUUGAACUUUAAAACUAACAUUUGAUAUUACUUCUUAUAUUUUAUAUUACUUCUUUUAUUCAUAUGUUCAGAUAUACAUGGCCACUUUACAAUUCAGUGUUUUAAUAUUUUUUUCUGUUGAAAAAGUAUUUAGUUGUUGAAUUACCUGACCAUUUUCAUGUGAACCACAGUUGCAAACAUUGAGCUAUAAGUAUUUCAGAAUUCAAAACCAGCUGUAACCAACACAUGAACUGAAGCUCACACUCUGCUAAGACCUCUGGUUGACAUUCGAUUUUGAACCUGCCAGAUGCAUUUGUGUGAACCAGGGAUACUGCAUCUUUAAUGAAUAAGUCUCUCCUCUUUCCCCUGUUUUUAAAUACAAUACAAGCAGUGUAGCACUAGGCACUGCAAUUGUCAAAGACAAUUAGACUGAAAGCAGGAAAAUUUCACCUCCCUGUCUCAGUGAUAU